AUGGCGUCGCUGACGAAUCAGCCAUCGAAGAAGGGCGGGAAAGGCGGCUCCUCCGGCGUCAAAUUCGCCCGGCGCACCUCCAGCGGCAAGUACGUCAACCUCUCCAAGGAGGAGAUCGAGGUGGAGGGCGGCGACCAGAGCAGCUACACCGUCCACAUCCCGGCCACCCCCGACAACCAGCCCGUGGCCGCCAAGGCCGAGGAGCAGUACGUGUCCAACUCCCUCUUCACGGGCGGCUUCAACAGCGUCACCCGCGCCCACCUCAUGGACAAGGUCAUCGACUCGGAGGUCUCCCACCCGCAGAUGGCCGGCUGCAAGGGCUCGUCCUGCGCCGUGCCCGCCUGCGACGGCAAGGUCAUCAAGGACGAGCGCGGCGAGGACGUCAUCCCCUGCGAGUGCCGCUACAAGAUCUGCCGCGACUGCUACAUGGACGCGCAGAAGGACUCGGGGCUCUGCCCCGGGUGCAGGGAGCCGUACAAGACCGACUGCGACGACGAGAUCCCGAACUACGCCAGUGGGGCCCUCCCGCUCCCGGGGCCCGAGAAGGAUCCUAAACAGAUGUCGAUGAUGAAGAGGAACCAGAAUGGCGAGUUCGACCAUAAUAAGUGGUUAUUCGAGACGCAGGGGACUUAUGGAUAUGGGAAUGCCUACUGGCCCGAGGAUGGGGAUGAGGAUGGAGGAAUGAAUCAGGGCAUGCUCGAGACGUCGGACAGGCCGUGGAGGCCUCUCAGCCGGGUCAUCGAUGUCCCCAAUAGUAUAAUAAGCCCUUACAGGCUUCUUAUUGUUCUUCGUUUUAUUGUCAUGUGCUUCUUCUUGACUUGGAGGGUGCGCCAUCCGAACGAGGACGCUGUUUGGCUAUGGUUCAUGUCUGUCGUCUGCGAGCUAUGGUUUGCGUUCUCUUGGAUUCUCGACCAGGUUCCGAAGAUCCACCCGAUCAGCCGGAGCACGGACUUGCCUCUGUUGAGGGACAAGUUUGAGGCUCCUUCUCCCGCGAACCCCACGGGAAGAUCCGAUCUUCCCGGGAUGGACUUGUUUGUGUCCACUGCUGAUCCGGAGAAGGAGCCCCCUCUCGUUACUGCGAACACGAUUCUGUCCAUUUUAGCCGUGGAGUACCCUGUGGAGAAGCUGGCUUGCUAUGUUUCCGAUGAUGGCGGCGCCUUGCUAAACUUUGAAGCAAUGGCUGAGGCCUGCAGUUUUGCUGACCUGUGGGUGCCCUUCUGUAAGAAACACGACAUAGAGCCUCGGAACCCGGAGACUUACUUCAGUCUCAAGGGUGAUCCGACGAAGAACAAGAAUAGAGUGGAUUUUGUGAAGGAUAGGAGGAGAGUGAAGCGGGAGUAUGAUGAGUUUAAAGUGCGAAUCAACGGCCUUCCCGAUUCGAUCAGGAGACGAUCGGAGGCUUUCAAUGCUAGAGAAGAGAUGAAGGUGCUCAAGCACAUGAGGGAGACUGGGGCUGACACAUUGGAGCCUGUCAAAGUGACUAAAGCUACAUGGAUGGCCGAUGGCACCCACUGGCCCGGGACGUGGGCGGUUCCGUCCCGGGAGCAUGCCAAGGGUGACCAUGCCGGGAUCCUGCAGGUCAUGCUGAAGCCUCCUAGCUCUGAUCCACUCAUGGGAAGCUCGGAAGACCAGAUCCUCGACUUCAGCGGCGUGGACAUACGCCUGCCUAUGUUUGUGUACAUGUCGCGCGAGAAACGCCCUGGCUACGACCACAACAAGAAAGCCGGUGCCAUGAACGCUCUCGUCCGAGCUUCGGCUAUUUUGUCCAACGGGCCAUUUAUCCUCAACCUCGACUGCGAUCACUAUAUCUACAACUGCAACGCCAUUCGGGAAGGAAUGUGCUUCAUGAUGGACAGGGGUGGGGAAGACAUUUGCUACAUUCAGUUUCCACAGAGAUUUGAAGGCAUUGAUCCGUCGGAUCGUUAUGCUAACCACAACACUGUCUUCUUUGAUGGUAACAUGCGAGCUCUUGAUGGCUUACAAGGUCCUGUUUAUGUCGGGACGGGGACGAUGUUUCGCAGAUUUGCUCUCUAUGGAUUCGAACCCCCGAAACUGGAUAAACUUCCUCCUAACAUAGACAAAACUGUGGAGCUCAAGGCCAGCGAUUUUGAUCCCGAACUCGACGUCGAAUUGCUGCCUAAACGGUUUGGGAAUUCCACGUUACUAGCGGAGUCCAUACCCGUGGCGGAGUUUCAUGGCCGUCCGAUUGCUGAUCAUCCGGCCGUCAAGUACGGACGCCCUCCCGGUAUUCUAAGGGCGCCCCGCGAACCUCUUGACGCCACCACUGUUGCUGAAGCUGUCUCUGUCAUAUCAUGUUGGUACGAGGACAAGACUGAAUGGGGCGAACGGGUCGGAUGGAUCUAUGGCUCGGUGACAGAAGACGUGGUGACAGGCUACAGAAUGCACAACCGCGGGUGGCGCUCCGUCUACUGCGUGACGAAGCGGGACGCCUUCCGCGGCUCCGCGCCCAUCAACCUCACCGACCGCCUCCACCAGGUCCUGCGGUGGGCCACGGGCUCGGUCGAGAUCUUCUUCUCGCGAAACAACGCGAUCCUCGCCUCGAGCAAGCUCAACGUCCUCCAGCGCCUGGCCUACAUCAACGUCGGCGUCUACCCCUUCACCUCCAUGUUCCUCAUCGUCUACUGCUUCCUCCCGGCCCUCUCACUCUUCUCCGGCUACUUCAUCGUGCAGAACCUCGACAUCACCUUCCUCGUCCUCCUCCUCACCAUGUCCCUCUGCCUCAUCGGGCUGGCCAUCCUCGAGGUCAAGUGGUCCGGGGUCGGCCUCGAGGAGUGGUGGCGGAACGAGCAGUUCUGGCUCAUCUCCGGCACCAGCGCGCACCUGGCCGCGGUGGUGCAGGGGCUGCUGAAGGUGAUCGCGGGGAUCGAGAUCUCGUUCACGCUCACCUCCAAGGCGGCCGGGGACGAGAACGAGGACAUCUACGCGGAGCUCUACCUGGUGAAGUGGACGUCGCUGAUGAUCCCGCCGAUCGUGAUCGGGAUGGUGAACAUUAUCGCGAUUGUGGUGGCGUUCUCGAGGACGAUAUACGAGGCGGUGCCGCAGUGGAGCAAGUUCAUCGGCGGGGCGUUCUUCAGCUUUUGGGUGCUGGCGCAUUUGUACCCCUUCGCCAAGGGGCUGAUGGGGAGGAGGGGGAAGACGCCCACCAUCGUGUUCGUGUGGUCGGGGCUCAUUGCGAUCACUCUGUCUUUGCUGUGGGUGGCUAUCAACCCCUCCGCCGGCGAGAGCCCGGCCGCCACCUCGGGCGGCGGCGGGUUCUCUUUCCCGUGAUAGAUAUGUGUAGUUUGGUUAAUUACAAGUUUUCUUUCUUUCUGCAUACAUAAUUUUUGUUUGUUUUGUAAUUAGCAGGAAAUAUUUG